AUGAAACCUGGCCGCGAACGCGUCUCGCUUCGCGGCUACGAGCGCACGCUCACCAUGGUCGACGGGGUAUCAACGAAGAUCGUCCACUCGAUGCUAGUUCGAGGCCCCACGACGGUCUUGCUACGCUACUUGGCGACGGCGGUCAUGAACACCUUCAACAUGCACCCUCGGAUGCGCGCGCUGCAGCUGAAGAGCGCCAAAUUCAUGGCCGAGAUCCACCCGCCGCUGACUCGGCACGACGUCACUUCGUUCGCGCUCGUUCGCGUUCGUAUGGUCUCCUCCGUUGCCAGUGACGUCGACGACAUGAUGAGCGGCUGGCAGCACUACGCGGACGACGAGUGCAGCAUCGGCUUUGAUCGGUUCAAUCAGCUACCAUUCUUCUUGACUGUGUGGGUGGACGAGAGGGAGGGCGCCGCACGCUUGAUGCUCUUCUCGGACAGCUACAUGUCGGACGGGUACUCUGGAAUGGUAGUGCUGAACUGCAUCCUUGAGCAGGUCGCAAUGUUUGCCAACGAGCACUCGGGGGCGCCUCAGAACGAACCUGAGCCGGAGCAACCGCCGCAUCAAGUGCAUGAGCUCCCACUGCGCACUUCGCUGUACAAGAUGUGGCUGUCGAGAGUCGCGUGGGCCAAGCCGAUCGUGAAGAGCGUGGUGAGCGUCUCUGGUCGCCAGACAUUUCGGGAUCGUGUGGGGGAUUAUAAGCCGCUGCUGUCGGCGCGAGCGGGGCAGCACCAUUUCAGAGCUCCCCCGGUGACGAGCAGCAGCACCGCGUUGUUCUCAGAGGGCGAUCCGGAGUGUAUGAAGAAAGUCGUGGCAAGAUGCAGGGAGGAGAACGUCACGGUCGGUGGAGCUCUGGUUGGCGUCAUUCUGCUGGCGUUCUACCACGUCAUGAAGGAGCGGAAGAGCAAUCCUUCCCAAGAGUGCUUCAAACUGGCAGCAAACAUGGGAUUCAACAUGCGCCAACGCGUACCAAACCCCGCCGAAGAGGAGCAAGUGGGGAUGUACACACCAGUCACAGGCCUCGACUGGCUGGCUGACGAAGGGGUGAAUCUGCAAACCACAACGUUCUGGGGUCUCGCGCGUCGAGCCAAGCAGGAGAUCAAUGACAAGCCCAAGCACACGUUGGCCAUGGCGUUACCAGUAGUACUCAUGGACAAGAAGAUCCAUUCGAGGAUGAAGCAGUCGUUCCUCAAAGGCGUCUCCGUGCCGCAUUCGCUCACCUCAGAUGUCAACAUCUCAAACGUUGGGCGGUAUCCGUAUCGACGGGAGCACCGACUUUCGCAAGACGCCAACGACAUCAACUGCGGCGUACUCACUGUCGAAAGUCUGCACGUGUAUCACCCGCUUCCCCACCUCGCGUCGUCUGCUACGCUCUUCAUCACUGCCGUCGACUCGUUCAAUUACUCCAUGGCGCACAAGUGCGAGAAUGUAGUGGGGGAGGCGCUUUUCGUCGCAAUCGUCGAGCUCUGCGAAGGCAUGGACCACAUCGGCAAGGACGAAACACUUCUGGAAGUUUUAAACCGCGUUGGCCUGCGCUACACCGGGCACGACUACACGUAG